GGCCGGUUUAUAUAUGAACACGUACGUGCGCGUAAGUGUGGAAUUUUUAGUUGGCUGCUUAUUACAAUAAUAUAAAGCUGGAGAAUCGGCAAACGUCGGUUGAUCUCCCUCGAUGGUCAUGACGCUUACGAGACACGAAGCGGAGGAGAGCAAGGAGAUGGAGGGCCUCCGGGCGCACGCCGAGGCGCUGCUCACGCUGUCGGCGCCCGCGUCGUCGUCGUCGUUGGGCACCGGCGGCACGCCGCCGGCGCCGUCCUCGGCCGCGGCCCGCAGGGCCAUGGCGGCCGAGGGCGUGUUCGAGUGCAAGACGUGCAGCAAGCGCUUCCCGUCGUUCCAGGCGCUCGGCGGGCACCGCACCAGCCACACGCGGCUGCAGGCGAGGAUGCUCAGCGACCCAGCGGCGGCCGCGGCCGCGGCCGAGAGGGACAGGGCGCGGGUGCACGAGUGCGCCGUCUGCGGCCUCGAGUUCUCCAUGGGCCAGGCGCUCGGCGGGCACAUGCGCCGCCACAGGGGCGAGGCGCCGCCAGCCGCGCACGACGACGACCCCGCGCAGGCGCAGCCGGACCGGGACAUGCCGGACCUCAACUUGCCGCCGCUGGACGACGGCAGCGGCGGCGGUAGCGGCGAUGGCCAAGGUCCACAACAGUCGGAUUAUGAUCGCGGCUCGGAGCCUCAGCUGCUUAAUCUGCUUGUAUAGCGUAGCGUGCGCAAACGGGUGCUUGCGUGGUGAUUCGGAGUUGUAAAUGAUUGGUGACCUAAAUUUUGGAACUUGAACAUGAAACGGAAUUCUUCGAUGACUAGCUUAGUUUAGUUUCACAGGUUGUUCCUGGAUUUAGUUUUUUUCCUUUUCCUUUGUAAAGCUAUUGGUCGGCUAAAUUCAUUUGUUUGUAGGUAAAAUUGUGAAUAUAUAUAGUACGUAUUAUCUA